GAUUUCCACGAGUCCAUUGUUUAGCUGCAGUCCAGAGCUUGCAGGUCUUGACGCAACAUCACAAGGCAGAAAGUUACUUAAGAGUUUCCUGCCCCAGCUUCCCAGCGAUGUUGAGCUCAACGCGCAUGUAUUGCCUGGCGGGGCUGGGGGUGACUGCAGCGUCUGCGCUGCUCGCGAGCUACUUACGUCACAGGAGAGAGGAGGAGAUGUUGUGGGUGGAGGUUGGCCGUGUAGAAGACCUCGUAAUUUUUCCCAUCAAGUCCGGCCACGGUACAAGCGUGCACAAAGCCACGGCCACCAAAUUCGGCCUACAGUGCGGACCUCUCACGGACAGAGCAUUCGUGGUGGUGUUGGUGACGCCGGAAAAGAUGGUGCACAUGAACUCGGGUAUGGUGCCCAUGUUGGCCACCAUCAGCGCUGCCAUCACAGAGAGCUCGGUGGUGCUUUCCUCUCCCGUCACCAAGGCAACCAAUUCUUUCGAUCUCCACAAAACUGUUCAGAGACUCAUCUUCGUCGGCGACCCGGAGACUUUCAAGAACGUUGCCAGAGCACCGAACGUUUACCCCUUCACCCAAUUCAAAAACACAGAUCUGCGGCUCUAUCACGACACUUGUGCUUUCCUCGUCACAUCACCGUCUAGCCUUGACGAUCUCAACACGCGUUUGGAGACCCCAGUGACCAUGAACCAGUUUAGAUCGAACAUCAUAGUUAGCGGACAGCCGGCUUUUGACGAGGACAAUUGGGCCUACGUUAAAAUUGGUGAUUCAACAAUCCUGCGCACGCUCAAACCACGAGAGUCGUGCAUCCGCAUCAACGUCAGGCCUGACAGCGGCAAGCGCCAGAACGAAGUGUUGGACGUAAUGAGGAAGUACAGAGUGCCUCCAAUGCCGGAGAAGCUGGCUAAGCAAUGGGCGCACAAACCCAUCUUCGGGCUGCACAUGGCGCUGGACCAGCCAGGGGACAUCGCAGUUGGUGACACGGUCUAUGCCGUCAGGAGGAAGCCUGAGUGGUUCCUGUAACGCUUGCUCGUCUUGGCCGACUCGUGACUGAGGAAAUCGUGGUUCCAACAACUCAUUAAAAUUUUUCGUUAUAACUGAAGGAUUUGAAAGCCAGAUUUGCAAUGCUUGAACUAUUGCAAAGUUGAUUGUGGGCAAGGAAUGGGCUCGGAACGCAUCGAGGGAGAACAAAAUUCGUUAUCUGUUUGUAUCAUUACACAGUCUGUCGCUAAUGACAUUGCAAUAAAAUGUAAUGACACUGACCCAAUUAUAAAUGAAUAUUUUAACUGAAGUUAAUGACCAAAAGUAACCUCAUACGAAGGUCAAACUUUGCUCUGAAGCCGCAUCUGGAUUGCUAAUCCACGCGAUAUACGGGACUAAAUAUAGCAGAUUGCCUUGCAAUUAAUCCACGGAGACAUUGCCUCCUCAUUCUUACGACAACGAAAUUUAAUUGAUUUAGUUUUCGCUCUUAAUUUUGUGGACAAUAAUCAUGUAUAACGUAUUCUUGAAUUGGUUUAAAUUUCCCAACUAUAUAAAUCAACCUAUAUAAUUUGAAUCACAAAGAAAAAAACAACUCAAUAUAUAUAAGUAACCAACUGUCUUAUUUUUAAGCUCAAUGUAUCUUCACUACGAAACAAGAAUUUAUAUAAUAUGAAAUUUCUUGUUCAUUAUACCUAAUAGGUAUCAUGAAUAGGUACAAUAUUCUUAAAUUUAAACGGUUCGAUAGAAUUAGUCAAAAAAGAGAUGCGGUUUUUAAACGAUAAGGCGGUGUCAAUGUCGUGUUUUUCUCUCUAGAAUCAUGACACUUUAAUAACUGCGAGACGUGAAGUUUUUUAUCUAGUUUUUAUAGUAGUUUUGUAUUAUCUAGCCGUGUUUUUUAUUAUCUAGCAUCGUAGUUUAUUAGAAUUUUCCAACUGCAUUCUUUUUUAUUAUUAUUACUAAUUUGCUACAUAGAUUUUCCAUGGCUUUGCAGGAAUGCACGCGGGAAACGCUUUUUAGAUAAGUGUUGUGUUUUAGUUGAUAUUAUUUUAAAAUGAAUUUCUUUUAUAUUAUUUAAGUUGCGUUUAUUUUGAAUUUUGAAUCGAUAUGCGUGGCAGUCGCAUAAUUUGUCGGUUUUCAGUUUUUUCCAAUGUUAUUUCCCCAUUUAGACAAAGGGGGGUUUCACUUAUCUAGGUACAAUAAUAAUGUCAUAAGCGCAAAAUGCUUUAAGUAACUUAAUAAAAUUUAGUAACAAUCAAGAUCGAAAUUGCUCCUAUAUAGAUUCCCGACAGCUCAUUCUUUAAUUGGGUCCCAGCUUUCAAUUUUUAUUAAUUCGACAAAAUUUGUCUUAGAUAUUUACAUGAUGGUUUUUACUGCUGCCGGCACCGGCGCAUAAAUGCUUUUUAUUA